AUGACCGAAUACGGAAUUGACAGGCAUUUCAGCCUUUUAUCCAUCCGCCCUAAUGACAGCACACCUGAUGGCAGCUCACGCGAAGAGCUCCCGAUCCGGCGUGCCGACAAGUCAAAAGAAGACAUUGAGCACCAUAAGCCUGCGGGGGCAAGAUUCGCCGCGCGAACCCCCAAGAAACAAGACGGCUGGGGCCGUGCCAAAAGUUCUAACUGGGAUCCCAGUCAAGUCAGUGGAAGUGGAAUCACCACUGCCAGCAAAAAGUAUUCCAAGUAUUUGAGGGUUCCACCAAAUUCCCCGGACGGAGGCAGUACCGAGAUGACUCCCAAGGGCAAGACUAGUGUUGAUGCUACCCCCAAGGAAGACUUCAAGCGUCCGUACACUACUCAAAUGACCAAGGAGACAAACAGGACAGAUAACGAUGACGAUGCCACUGUCCCCAAGGAGAAUAUCGAUCACCGGGCCACGCAUCAAAUGCCAAAGGAGAUCAACCAGACUGAAUCGCGUUUUGAGGACCUUGUCAUGCAAAUGCGGCUUAGCAAGUGCAAUCCACCGGAAUCGGAUGAUUCAGGCUCUGAAACCGAGAAGGAAGACUCUGCGGCUAAGAGAGCCGCAGCCCGGAAGCGAAGGGAGACCGCCAAGGAACAUGUCAUCACGCAGGGAAAGAACAAGAACGACAAAGACGAGCAGGAUCCACCCACCAAGGAAGAUCUGGGAAAGAAGGUUAGGCCUAAAGGUAUCAACUCUUCUUGA